GUGUUGUCGUUUAUGUCACAAUGGGGCGGUCACAAUUCCCGUGCAGGAAACACCGAUCCCGAGCCGAUCGCGACCCCACAGGAGAGCCCAUCGCCCAAAGACGCCUUGUCACCCACGAGGCCCGCCGAUCUCGAUAUCACUGCAGCUCGUUCGCGACCUGCUAGCAUCGCCCACACGCCCACCUCGCCCCGCUCGCCGAGCAUCCCUUCGCGAGCUCGUGGCGACUCGCGCGUCAGCCAGCGCAACAGCAUAAUCCAGACCUACCAACCGCCACAAGUCGAAGUGGCCUCCGACACACCGCCAGAACUCGCCCCGAUCUUCACUUAUUUGAACAGCCACAGCAAUAAAUUGUAUCAGGAGGGAUAUUUCCUUAAACUACACGACCUCGAUUCAAGAGGAAGGCCGAGCGCAGAUCGCGUGUGGAACGAGUGCUUCGCUCAGUUGAUCGGGACGGUUCUAUCGCUAUGGGACGCGGCUGCGUUGGAUGCAGCUGGCGAAGAUGGCGAGGUCGUCCCGACGUUCAUCAAUUUGAGCGAUGCGUCCUUGAAAAUGAUCGAAUCGCUUCCGAUGAACGGCACACAGAGCGGCACGCUGCAAAACGUCCUCAGCAUCUCCACUGCCGCCAACAACCGCUACCUUCUUCAUUUCAACUCGCUCAACUCUCUCACCCAAUGGACCGCCGGCAUCCGUCUCGCCAUGUUCGAACACUCCGCGCUGCAAGAGGCAUACACCGGCUCGCUCAUUGCUGGAAAGGGCAAAUUCCUCAACAAUGUGCGACAGAUCAUGGAGCGAUCAAGAUUCGUCUACGAAGAUUGGGCACGUGUGCGCUUCGGCGCGGGAACACCUUGGAAGCGGUGCUGGUGUGUGAUCACGCCUCCCGACGAGAAGGAAUUCGCAAAGGCACAGAAACUCGCCAAGAAGAACCCUUACGAGCGCAUGCGCAUGCCCAAGGGCGAUGUUCGAUUCUAUGACACUCGCAAGGUCACCAAGAAGACGAGGCCUCUGGCGACCAUUUCAGACGCGUACGCGGCCUACGCGAUCUACCCACAGGCGAAGCCUUUGAUCGACCAAUCAACCCUGGUCAAGGUCGAGGGUCUGAUCACGCAGCACACCAAACCUGAGAAGACGACCGAGGGAUUCGUCUUUGUGAUGCCCGAGGUACAUCCCGCUGUUAGCGGCUUCGAGAUGAUGCUUCGUUGGUUGUUCCCCGUCUUUGACACGUUCGCGCUGUAUGGACGACCGACACGACUCAUCGCAGACGUCAUCGAUCAGCGAGGUCUGAUGUUCGCCAUGCCUCGAGAUCGGCGGUAUGGAUUCCUCGACACCCUUGAUGUGUCGGGACUGAUCCACACCACGGGCAGCCAGAACUGGAGCGAGCGGCAAUGGCGCAACGAAAUGAAGAAACUCACUUCUACUCGCAUGGCGGCUAUGAUGGAAGGUUCCCCUCGACCGAGCCAACAAAUCAGUCAACGACGCGCAACCACGAGCAGGCAAUCGCUGCCUCCCAAUCGCAUGAGCCUGCGGUUCGACGACAAUGUGACACACUCUUCGCCAGGCUCACGUUCAGGUUCGCCAGCAGGCGCAUCACGCGGUCCUGCCCCUGGCUCGCUCGACCGCACAGAUUCUGCUCCGCCGACGGCUUCGUCUGGCCCUCACAAACGCUCCGCAUCUGACGUCUACGCAUACCGUAAACGUGCAACAGACACACCGUCACGGUUGUCGCAGGAAAUCCCCCGAGAUGACGACUAUGGCGAUGCUCCUCGUCCCCCGCCGCACGGCAUGAGCAGUGACCCUUCCCUCGCAGAAACUUACAACUCUGGGGCUGUCUCACCCGUUGGGCCCGAUGGGCGCAUGUCUGUAUAUGGUUCGUACGAGAAGUCGGCCCAGAGCGCGGACCACCGUCAUUCGAACAUCCCACUGCCCGUCCACUCGCCUCCUCCGUUCGCGCAUGCUCCAAGCGACCGCCCUUCCGGCAACCUCAACCAAGCAUCUGACCUCCGUCGCGCACACGCGGCUGUCGACGAGGACACCCUCUACCAAAUGCAAGAUGCCCGACAAACGGGAAUCUCUCCUGUCGAGGAUGACGCAUAUACCGCAUCGCAGCCUUCUGGCCAACAACAGGCGUUCUUGCCCUAUCGAUCUCGCGAGAACACUAUACAGCAGCCUUCCUACCACCAGAACAACUCGUACAACGGAGGCUAUGACUCAUACGAGCCACGCGAUCGCGUACAGCGGCUCAGCACGAUUCCCGGCUCGCCAUUUGUUGGCGAAGACACGGAAUAUUUCGCGAGGACGCCCGUACAGCAGCACAUGCCACCACUCAGUGAGAAUGGCAGCAUGUCGCACCACAGUACGGGGGCUCACACCCCUGAUGCACAAUCCCCUUCAGCCGGAUCGCGCGCGAGCAUUGCCAGGAAGCCUGUGCCUCGCCUCGCUUCUGAAGCCCCUGACGAAUACUCGGGCCGUUAUGGCAACAACCAAAACCCCCAGGUGCGUACUGACAUCGAUCGUGAAGAAGGCUUAGAUACCCCCCCUUCCCCCGUAGGCAGCCACGUGGCCGCAAUGAUUGACGCAAGUGCUCUAGAACGCUUCUUGAGCGGCGAAGAUCUCACAACACGUGCCGACACCAUGCAAACAACUGUAUCUUCGGCCACCCCUGAUUACGCCAGCACCCCCAGUAUGAAAUCUGUAGAGGAGAAGCAAGUCCCGGCCGAGAAGCCUCGCGCGGGACGGAUGAAAGUCGUCGGCGACCCGGACCUGGUAUCUGCGAAACAUCCAAAAUCGGGCGGAGCAGGUCGACUGGACACUUAUGCGAGAGACAAUGCCGAGGACUAUUCGGAAAUGCCGACCAUCGACUUCGGUCCGACUUAUUCUUACAAGCCCAGCAGUCGGCCAGGGACGAGCGGGACCUUGUCAGGGGCCGACGGUCUGCACAGACGAACCAAAUCGCGGGACUAUCUUGCAGAAGGGUUUCAAGAUCGCAAGAUUGGACAGACCAAACAGGAAGACGAGGUGAUUGCUUCAGUCGCGCCACAGCAGCCAACUAUCGUUGCGUGGACUGGUCCCCCCUCCACGUCCGGAGAGUUCGAAAGCGCCACCAGCGAUCGCCUCACUCUCUCCCCUGAGCAAUGGGUCCAGCAUCGUGCCAACAUCGUGUCCUCCCAACCGCAGCAUGCUUCGCCUUUAGCUCAAACGCCUCCACUUGCUCGCGCGACUUCUGGUGACUGGUCCGCUCUCAGUCCCUCUUCCAUUACCCAAACCCCGCCACCUUUCAUUCGUGCCUCUUCUGGCGAUUGGGCGCAUCUCCGCGACCAGCCGACACGUCCGAUCAGCCGACCGACUUCUCGUGGUGCUGGCGCUGUCCUCACCGCCGGUGCAAUGAAGUCGUCGUUCCGCUCAGAAUCACCGAUUACGUCAUCCAUGAAUGCCAGGGAGCAGAUGCACAUCGCUCGCGCCACAGGCACUCCUCUACUCGGCUACUCGGCGACCACGUCUCCACGCAUGGUUUCACCGAUAACACCUCUGUCUACCAGUCCCGGUCUUGUGGGUGCGUUGGCAGCGAGGGAGAGGGAGCGAGCAGCCUGGGGUGAAGGCGUAAGAUCUACCCAAGUCAAGGAAGCCAUUGCUUUGAGGAUGAAAGAGCAGCAACAACAGCAAUUAAUGCACGCCCAUCUCAACGCGCAGCUGCAAGCCCAGGCCCAACUGGAAUCCCACAUCCAACUGCAACAACUCCAGCAGGCCCAAAUCCAACAAGCCCAACUCCAAGAAAUCCAACAUCAGGCCCUCCUCCAACAACAACAAAACCUGCUCUUCCAACAGCAUCAAGCCCGACAACUCCAACAACCUUUCCCCCUCUACGCCUCCUCCAUCACCUCAACCACCCGUCCCACAACUCCCUCCCAACAACAACCCACCGUCCCAAUCUACCAACUCCAACGCCCCGUCACCCCGUCAUCCGCCUUCACCGCGCCCCCAGGAGACCUCUACAUGCAGCAACAACAGCACACCCGCCAUCACGCCAGCGCGAGCUCGAGUUCAUUGAACCUCUUCCAGCAACUCCAACAGCAUCAGCAGCAACAACAGCUCCCGCCGCGGCCCUCGACGGCGAAUUCCUUCGCUUCAUCAUCCAUGCACGCGUCGUCCUCUAUCCCCGGGUCCGGCGGUUUCGGCGGCGUCUUCGUCCAGCAGCAACAGGCGCUUGUGAGAGGCGGCGCGGCCGGUGCCGGGGCCGGCGCGUUUCGGCAUUCGAGGGGGAAGAGCGAGACUUCGGUUCUGACCAGGUUGGGGUAUGAAUCUUGA